AUGCGCAUGCUGGGAGUUCGAUCUAUGGAUAAAAAGUACUAUUGGAAGGAUUUCGAGGGCCGCGAGUUCGAGUCGACUUCCAAGCGCAAGGUGGACGUCGAGCCGGACUGGACCUGCACCAGCCCGCCAAGAGGCACUCAUCCGCCAGACAGGACAUCCAUCAGCACUGCCGUCAAUGCAGUGCCCGUGGUGGCCGUGUUGGGACACAUCAACCAUGGCAAGACCACGCUCCUUGAUGCCUUCUGUGGCACAAACGUGGCCGAGAACGAGCCAGGCAGAAUAACGCAGGAUGUGAGAGCAAUGACGGGCAGCAUGGGGGAGGGAAUCAUGGAGUUGGACGUGCCAUCACGGGGUCGGCAGCCUGGUUAA